GGCCCUUUAAGUGUGAACGUAGCCGACGUGCUACGUGCGUCAUCACGUACUGCAGCAAAACAACCUGCGGCCAUGGUGCUCUUUUUUAUUUUUUUUACAUCCGUAUGGUACAAGCUGGCAAUGGGAACAAGUCAUUUAGGAAGCAUAUUGACUCCAUUGGACUUAUUCAGGGUUUCUUAUGGUUCAGUUGAGUUUUUACUGAAAAUUAGAGUUUAAUUUUUUCUGUUCGUAUUCUCGUAGUCACGAAAAGUUAUGAGUUGUUUACAUGUCAGCACUAUAAUAAACUAUGGUAGGCUACACCUGUGAAUUAACGACUGUGUGAGUAAGAGCUCAGCAUCUACGGAAGCACCACCGGUUCAUUUGUAACGGACAGGAGCUGCCUGUAGGUGUCUAAAGAUCAGACAGACAGGAUGAUCUACAUCAUAAUGGGAGUCUCAGGCUGUGGAAAAAGCACUUUAGGGGCCUUCCUAUCAGAAAAGCUGGGCUGGCCCAUGCAUGAAGGGGAUGACUUCCACCCGCAGGAGAACAUUGAGAAGAUGACUCGUGGUGAACCGCUCACAGACCAGGACAGAUUUCCUUGGCUUCUCAAACUACAUGAAGUCAUUGAGAGAGAAAGGUGUUCAGGCUCUGAUGCUCUUGUGGUCUGCUCCGCUCUAAAGCGCCUGUACAGACAGAUCCUGCUCUAUGGCUCCAAAGCCCUCUCUUCCUCUUCCGAUCUAGACGAAAAUGUCCUGCCUCCCUCCUGUCCCGAUGUCUUUUUCCUCUACCUGCAUGGUGACUACGAUCUCCUUCACCAGAGGAUGGUGGCCCGGAGGGGACAUUACAUGGGAGCAGACCUGCUGCGUUCCCAGUUUGAUGUUUUAGAGCCUCCACUGGAUGAGGAGAACGUGUUGCUUCUGGACAUCAGGAGGAGCAUCAGUGAUAUGGCCAGGGAGGUCGAGCAGCACGUCAUCAGUCUCAAGUCGUCACCGAUGCCUUGACCACCGCCGCAGAUCAAACGAGAAAGAGAGAAAUCAUCAGUUUUUAGUCAUUCUAGGGGUGGUUAGUAAGUCGGUCCACCACUCUGUUUUCAGACUAAAAUAUCUCAACAAUUAUCAGAUGGAUUUCCAUGAAAUUUGCAGCAGAUAUUCAGUGUCCCUGCAGGACCACUUCCAUGAUUCCCUGACUUUUCCCGUUGUGCCACCAGCAGCUCAGAGUUUUCACUUAUCCAGUGAUAUAUCUCAACAUCUUUCUGAUAGUUUGGCACAAAUUUUGUACAAACAUUCAGGGUCCCCACAGAGUGAAUUGUAAUAACCCCAUAAUGCCCUCACCUUUCAUCUAGCGCAGGGGUCGACAAUCUUUUUGAAGUGCCAUUUUUUGAUUUUCUUGUUAACCAGUGUGCCAUAUAAACAUUAAGAUUAACAUUAAGUUUUGACACCCCAUCAAAAUUUUAAUUGGAAUUUCAGUCCAUCCCUAUAGGCAACAUGCAUAGCAACAUUUAAUAAUAAGGACAUUGUAAUUGUAUAUAAGAGCACUAUACAAGAAGGCUGCAAUCCUUAUGAAAAUAUCCACAUCUGAGUUAAGAUCAUACAUACAGCCAUGAGAGGCUUUAAUAAGACAGGGAGCACAACUGCCAAUGGCUGCGAAAGAGGUAAUUUGGCAUGCAGGUAAAAGGGCAUUAAAAAAAAAAGUGCUCCAUUCGUUAAGCUGCGUGCCUUCCUGAGGUUGCUGGCCCCUGAUCUAGCAGCAUCCUCGGGUCAAUUUAUAAUUUGUCCAGUACUUUGGUUUAUGACCAAAUACUAAUGACAUUCCCAUCAUCCUCAGCUGUAAUUUGUGUUUAGUGCUAAUUAGCAAAUGUCAGCAUGUUAACACACCUAAUUAAGAGGUUAUGAACAUGGUCAACAUCAGUACGAUAAUAUUGCCAUUGUUUGCAUGCAAAUGUGAACUAGUUAACCUUUAGCUCACUGUGCCUACAGUAAGUUGAGCCUUACAGAGCUGCUAGCACGACCAUAGCCUUUUAAUCUUGUUAUGAUCCGCAGUCCAUAUCCAGUUUAUAUCUAAAUGAAGGUGAGAAAUAAAGCAUUGUCCCAGCUGUGGUACAAAACCACAGACAUACUAGACAGUAGUGGGAUAUUUGGUUUGAUCUACUCAUCAGCGCUUCAGUGCAGAAUCAUCCUGUGGUGGAAUUGAUUCUGAAAACUGCAGCAAACACAGUUGAAGUGCCAUUCCAGUUAAUGCUGGUAUUUGAUUUGAUAUUGCAAAUAUUUUUUUUGUGAAUAAGACCUGAAUCUCCAAUAGUAUGCAACAAAGAAAAAGGCCAAAUGUUCACAGGAUAGUAUAUUAACUCUAAGUGAACUGGAUUGUGGUAGCGUUGUAAAAUCUGGCACUUUGAAGAUUUAACGUUGGUGAAAAUCAUUUUUUAUGUAUUUGGUUACAUGGCUAUGACAGACGUGGAACAUUUACAGGGGAAAUUUGGCUUUGCACAGUUGCAUUACAGCUGGGAUAUGAAAUGAAGAUUGACUGAUGACGGUUUUGGUUGAAUAUUUUAUACCUCAAGUUUUGGAAUCCUGUGUUUAAUAUUUUAUUUUUCUUUGUCAUUAAUAUUUAAAUGUUUGCAUGUGCUGACAUUCAACGGCCCAAAACCCAAAUGUAUUCAGUUGACAAAGAGAGUAAGACAAAGAAGAGCAGCAAAUCCUCACAAUUCAGAAGCUGGGUCGAUUCAAUCAAUCAAUUAGCUAAUGCUUUCAGCUCUACAGGGAACCCAUUCAUAUUUCAGAAAAUAAUACUUUUUUAAAUCCCAGAAACUUUAAUUUAUAUAGUUUAGGUUUAAUUUGUUUUGGAAGAUACAAUUAGCUGGUGGACAGAAGAAUCCAGAGCCUGUGGAAACUAUAAUGAUUUACCACUUCCUUGACAAAUUCUACUUUAUUUUUUGUUUCCGAUGACUCCAGAUGAUCUUUGUUGGGGAUUUUGUUUUCCCUUCAGAAUUACAGGUUUCUCUAAUCUGCUCUUGAAUAGAUUUUUAAAAAUCUAAGCUGCUUUGCUGGAGUUCCUGACAACUUAGCAUCAGUAAAUGGAUUAGUUUAGCUGCUACUGCAAAUCAUGUUUUUGUAUCAUUUGAUCUGUCAAACCAUCUUUCAUGCACUGACAUCACCUGCCAAAUGCACCAACAAAUCUUAAAGUACAAUCUUCACACUGAAUAAAGUAAAACGAUUAAAGGGAUUUAGAUUGAACACCUUGCUGAUACACACUGCUGUGAGGCAGAUUUAGCUCGUCUGACAAUCAGCUGUUGACAUACUAAAAGUCAGAUCAGGUAUAGCUGUGCGAUCCCUUUUUUCUGAUGUAUAAGCAUCUUUAGAAGACACACACACACCCACACUUACAGGUGACCACGACCACAACGCCCCAUACUCUCUACUGAACACACACCGCCUCCACUCAGCACUGUAGAGCUGUUUUUGUGGUGUGACUCAUCUCAAAACCUCAACCCGAAUAUUUUAGGAGCUUCUAAUCCAGAAAAAAACCCCUUGGCUACUCUGAUAUCUCACACAUCCAGAUGAACGGCUGCACACACUCUGCAACACGCACAUACACACCACCAGAGAUUAAAACCCCUCAGUCUGGCAGCAACAGACAGACACACACAGGUUGUCAAGUGGAUCACAUACACACAUAUGUGAUCUGAUGCUGAAGUAUGCGUCCAGUGUGUCAGUUAAUCCACACGGUCUCUGAGAGCGAGGACACAAAAGCAGGAAUGGAAAACUGCAACCCUCACACACACACACACACACACACACACACACGCAUCCUAUUAUGUACUUUAAUAGGCGGCUGAAAAUCACUAUUAAAUAUGACUUUGAGCUUGUUUGGUGUUAAUUUAUAAAAAAUAAAUGACAAUUUUGCCA